AUGGACGAUCCGUGGGGCUCACCAUGGGCCACGACCAAUUCACCCAAAGACCAAACGUCAACUUUACCACACAAGUCUGACAUUGCUCCUCCGCAUACCUUCAUCUCCCCAUCCCCCUCUCCUCGACUCCACGAAGACCUCAAGCAGUCACCCUGGGACAGUGAUGAUGCAGGCUUCGGAGAAUGGGCUGGGCGUUCAGACGAGCCAUUGGGGCAUUCAGUGUGGAACAAUGGAUGGGAGGAACCGUGCGCGAAACUAACGUCCACACCACAUGGCGACCGAGCACCAGACGCGGCGAACCGGUUUUCGUGGGCCGCCCUCGUUGCGACCCCUAAAGGACCAAACGAUCUACAUCUUCUAUCUGCAGCCUUAGAUCCUUGGGCCAUUGAUGAGGCUGUCGAAAAGGCGCUGGCAGAUAAAAUCAUUGCUCCUGAAUUUGUCAGAACCGCCUCUCCAGUCCAAGCUUCUCCAAGCAGCUUUGAUACGCAAUUACGUGGAACCAUGAAUCGUCAGAGUCUGGAUCUUGUGGAAUCGUCGGGGAAAUCCAAAGAUCAAUAUAUCCUCGGAUCAGUUUCUGGCCACCCUCUCACCGGUGGGCAAUCUGCAGCUGAACGAGAAGGCCAAUCUUCAGGACAAUCUCUGGAGAAUACGGACCGCGAGGACGAGCGUCAAGACUAUCCAAUUGCUCCUGCCGAUGACGAUGCGGGAAGUUUGCGCCCAGCGUUACCAAAGUCUUCUGGCAAAGUUCAGGAGCUUGUUGUCAAGUUUGAUGGCCUAGCCAGAGCUGCAAUUGAAGAGCAUCUUGCAAUCCAACAGCAUCGCAUCCGUAGCCGAAGCCCAGCUGAUUCAAGAAUGUUGAGUGGUGUUGCCGAUGAUACGGAGUUUGGGGACUUUGAGGACGCGGACCAAAAAGAUCUGGCCCUGGCUUCUGACUGUGCUCAAAUGUCUGAAGCUAGCACAACGCUAAAAUCGCCGAACUCUUCGACUGCUACUGCAGCAGCUGCUGCCAAUCCUGACGCUCUCAAUUUCAGUGUGGAUUUCAGCUUAGUCGACAAGCUCUUCAAGGUACCUAUGAAGAGGUCAAGCGCCAUGUCUGUCAUGAACGCGGACAUCCCAGAUCGCAUCAUUGAAGAUAACUUCAGGGAACUUUCACAGCGUAGGACUUGGUAUAGGAUAUCUCGGUUGGGGUCUUGUCGGAGGCACGCUGCCGCUGAUGAUGACAGCUACCGCCGUGUUCUUUGGCGCUCGUCCGUUGUCCACAACGAGACAAUAAAGAUCGUCCGUCGAUGGAUGGAGGAAGACUCUCUCAUUGGCCGUGCCACCUUAGGUGGUGGCAAAACACAGAAGAACAUGUUUGGAUGGGAUUCACCAGCAGAACCGGUGACUCUAGACGAAGUAUUCCGCAAACCUAAAAGUCACUCAACCAUGCGAUGUCUGCAAUUACCCUCGGCCAAUGUACUCUCUCGCUCGGGAUCCGGUGACGACUCUCCUCAUAAACUUGGGCAUUGUUCUUCUGGCAGCGUGGGCUCAGGUGUAGUUGCUUUUAGCUGGAGCACAACUUCUCCCAUGCAAUCAACACAUGGUGCCGUCAACGCGACACAGGCUGGCAUAUCCAGCGACAGCGCAGUUUCUGUCGAUGAAGUUCCCGACGCAUCCUCCACUUUGGAUUCGAUAAGCCCGGCUGCUCUGCCCUCUCGACAGACACUGUCUUCUGCCACUGCUCUCACUCCUCCGUCCAUAACCAAUUAUUCUCCUCGACCAGACAAGCUAAACCCAAAAUCUGAACACGAUGAUGAUAAUGAAGAGUGGGGAGAUAUGGUCUCCUCGCCAGCCGCGUCGAAUCCGACUGUCAAUAGUCUCAAUGCCUCUUGGACCCUUGAUAUUAUUAUACCUGUCAAGCCCCCUGUCAAAGUCGACGGUGUCAAGUCGCACUCCGACGCAUCUCACGGCGAUGACCUUAGGACUUCGCAAGAUGCCAAGCCUGUGGUUUACUAA